UGUAGAAGCGUUUUGAGGGCGCAGUCGCAUCCCGGAGCCAAAAACCAGGCUCCCGGAACAGUCUGAAGCUUGCGGCCAACCUGUUGGCCCGAAGAGCUAACGCGAGAGAGUUUCUGGAUAAUCUCGUUAUCCAGUUUUUCCGAUUGAGACCCAAUUUCGGCACUGACACGCAACAGGCACCGACUUGUUUGCACGAACUUUCGGUGAUACUUCCACAGUGCUUUUUUCGACGCCGGUCACUUUACGGCGAAUUCUGGAUAGGAAACAUCCGCUGGCAAAUCCUGCCGUAGGCCAAAUGAAGGGUAGGCACCAAUUUAGAAGACGGUUCAGCCUACAGCCUUCGUUUCUAAAGGAGGAGCCUGAGGAUGACAGCAGCCACCAUCAUAACGCUAGCCGGGUGCUCAGAACCCAAAAGAGUGAGGAUGCAGAGUCUCUGGAAAAGGACGUUGGAGUGGCUCCAGUGGGCAACGUUAGGCACAAAAUAGUGGUAAUGGGCGCGGCCAAAGUAGGCAAAUCAUCCAUCAUCACGCAGUUUCUCUACGGCACAUUUUCCUCAAAGUACAAAAGAACAGUAGAAGAGAUGCACCAUGGAGAUUUCAAUGUUCAAGGGAUUCAUCUCACUUUAGAUAUAUUGGACACUUCAGGCGCCUAUGAGUUCCCAGCCAUGAGGGCACUUUCCAUAUCUUCAGCGGAUGCCUUCGUUUUGGUUUAUGAUGUUACAGAUGCGACGACUUUCGAAGAAGCGCGAGCGCUUAGAGAUCAAAUUCACGAGACCAAAUGCUCCACUAACGUCCCCAUUGUGGUUGUGGGCAAUAAGAUCGACCUCACUGGCAAUCGAGAGGUUGAUACUGCGACAACUGAAUCUGUAAUUACAGUCGACUGGGAAAACGGUUUUGUGGAAGCCUCAGCCAAAGAGAACAUCAACGUCAGCAAGGUCUUCAAAGAACUGCUCGCUCAGGCCAAGGUCAAGUACAAUUUAUCGCCCGCUUUGCGGCGACGACGCAGACAAUCACUUCCAACAGGACCAACAGGAACACCCUCCCAUGCCGCUACAGCCCCGAUGAUCCCUUCAGCCGUUCAACUGCAACACUUGCAACAGAUCAGGGAUAAGCAUGGAAAGAGGAAUUCUUGUGUUAUUUCUUAAGGCCGUAGAACCUAAAAUAUUCAACACCGUUACGGUGUUUAGGGAAAAAUUGAGGUUUACCCAACUAGAUCGGGGUGGGGAAAACAAUUAAGUACAAAACCUAGAAAUUUGCCAUUGAAGGUCAAUUUUUCCGCUAAAUAUUGUAGCAACUAAACUACUCUGGUGGGAAGAUGCAUUUACAAAUAUUUAUGGGGCAAACUUGGUGAACACCACCAAAUCAAAAGCAGAUUUUUUCCAGAAUGUUCGUUGCUGAAUGUUCACUAAAUGCGUUCUUCUUGAUAAUUCUUUAGGGAUUUGUGCCCGUUUUUAGUACGCAACGUUCAACCACUCUUUCAGAUAGUUCUCGUAAAUAUAAUUUGGUUCUAAACCUAAUAAGUUUGACUUAAAUCCGCAUGAAACCUUAAUGUUACAUAAUUUUUACUCAGACCUGGUUACCGCCCAUAGAAGGAAGAACCUCCGAUAAGCGAACGCAUAAAUGUCCAGCCUCCUGGCCGGCCCAUCGCCAGAUUUAACACCUUCAGGUUUUAUAUGAAAUUUGAAUCGAUCGAAAUCGACAUAAACCAGUGAGGUGAUGAGUUCCGUGAUUGUCGCAAUUUGCUUUACAUGUACAGGGUGGUUCAAAAAUGCAAACGUUUUUUCAAAUUAACAAUAUCGGAUUUUCCAUGCUCUGAUCAGAAUUAAAAUGUCACGAUUUAUCGAAAUAAGUGAACGAACAUUAGAGUAUCAAUUUAAAAUCCCACAAACACUUAAUUCGUGAUUUCUUUGCUUUUCUUCUACGUUAGAAAAAUUAGUUACUUAGUUCCCCUUUUAGCCAAAUAAUAACGAUUCAGUUCGCAGCAUCAUUUAUAUCUGAUCUUGAAACACCAAGAACCGAGCGAGUACUAGAACGGGCCCACAAACUGUUCAAUAAAUCUUCCAUGUAUGUAAUUAAUAUGUCGGUGUUAAUUAAAUGAAGAAAUGAUGAUAACUUAGACUUAGAUUAGGUGUAUUGAUGGGUAGAUAUAGACUAGAAUUUGUGCAAGCAGGUAGAUAGUAAAUCCAAGAGAACUAUUAUGUAACUCCGAUGUAAUCUGGUAAGGAGCGAGCAAAAGGCUGCUGGGCAUCAAGUGUGGAAAAACGCACUAAACCACUUCGAACAUAUCCGAGAAUCGUUCAAUUUUCCGCACAAAAUUAUUAUUUAAUUCGCCUUUAACCAGUUUCUCUUUUUGAUAAACAACCAUAUCAAAGAUCAAUUACCAAAAUACACUAAAAUACUAGAAAUAGUGCAUAAUUUAAUGAUAAGCAGGAUUGUUAGAAAUAAGGGCAUGGAAAGCGGCUAAGGAGUUUCCAAUUUUAAACUACUUACCAAUAAAACGUGCUAAAAAGUCUUCGGCACAAAUUUUCAGGGACUAAACAACUGCAGUAUUUUUUCAAUCGUAUGUGUGUGGUUCCUCCCAAUACACAGGGUGUUUAAUAAAUAUACCAACACUGUUGCAAGGGUGGAAGAUGACAUAAAAACAUGCAGUUUUGCU